AUGCAAGUCGUUGUGCGGUUCUAUAGUUUCCUUCUUUACCUUAACAUGAAUCAAAACCAGCUUCAGCCUCUGCCUCUGCUUAGUAGCUUCCUAGGUUCCUCUCCCGAAGAAGCUUUGCUACAAAACCAAAAUUCUAAACCACAUCAUGGUCAAGUUGAGGAUGUCACUGUGGCCUUACACAUAGGCCUCCCCAACAAUUCAAGUGGUGGUUCCACCAAUGAUCAUGGAUUUGUGAAUGCCACAACUCAUGCUCCUAGCAACUACUGGAUACCAACUCAAGAACAAAUCCUUGUUGGGUUUAGCCAUUUCUCUUGUCCCGUCUGCUGCAAAACCUUCAAUCGCCACAACAAUCUUCAGAUGCAUAUGUGGGGGCACGGGUCACAGUAUCGGAGAGGGCCAGACUCGCUGAAGCGAACCCAUCCACGACCGUUGUUGGACAUUCCCUGCUACUGUUGCGCGAGAGGGUGCAAGAACAACAUCGAGCACCCACGUGCGAAGCCUCUGAAGGACUUUCGCACGCUUCAGACGCACUUCAAGAGGAAGCAUGGCUCCAAACCCUUCACGUGCCGCAAGUGCGCGAAGCCUUUGGCCGUGAAAGGUGACUGGCGAACCCACGAGAAAAACUGCGGCAAACGCUGGCUCUGCAUUUGUGGCUCCGACUUCAAACAUAAGAGGUCCCUCAAAGACCACAUGAAAGCCUUUGGCUUUGGUCACACCCCUUUCACUUCUUCUUCUGAUGCCAUGUAGUUAAUAACCAUGCACGUUAUUACAAUCACGACAGUUAAGGCUGAUCUAUGUUGUUAGCAAUCAAA